GCGACGUAACGGUUGCUGCCGCUGGGUCUUCAAGCAGGAAAAAGCGCCAACUUACGCUGCGCCGCCUGAAUCGUCAAACACUCUGUAAAUGUCUCUCAGAGCGGGUUUUCCGUCCAACAUAUCAAACUUCAGUGUGGAAUGACUCGUUCGGCGGGGUGCGCUGUUGCAUCUCAGUAGAAAAGACAGAGAGGUUAAAACUACAUCGCCCCCUUCAAGAUGCCAGGCCUGCAGGGUGAAAACGUCGUGGCGGCGCUGGGGAGCCCCAUCAAGAAGAGCAAACUGUCUCUGAAGUUCCUCCAGAAGAAGGAGACCAAACGAGCUCUGGACUUCUCUGAACCUCCAGCAGAUGAACCCAAACCGGCCGAAGCAGUGGAGCCUGAGGCCAGCGGCUGUGAUCCGGCGGCCCCUGGUCCUUCUCCGUGCCCGGCCUCACCCGCUCUUCUGCCCGGUGAGAAGAGGGAGAACCUGGUGCCGUUCGUGGGGCUCAACAACUUGGGCAACACCUGCUAUUUGAACAGCGUCUUACAGGUGCUGUACUACUGCCCGGGGCUCAGAGAAGGCAUAAAGACACUAUACACUGUGUCCAAAAGAAAAGACAAAUCCAAGGAAGAAACUGAUAAAAGCGAAGAGCAGUCAGAAGUUGAGGCUUUGCCACCUCAAAUCGAGCUCCUCGGGAGCUUCAACAGUCUGAUGACGUCAGUGGAGCAGCUGCAGUCCGACUUCCUGCUCAACCCCGACAGCUUCAGUGAAGGAGAACUCGCCACACCGCCUCGCAGAAUCCUCCACACACUGCGGCAGCUGAACCCCAUGUAUGAAGGCUAUCUUCAGCAUGAUGCCCAGGAGGUGCUGCAGUGCAUCCUGGGAUAUAUCCAAGAGGCUUGUGACACCAUCAGGAAGGAGCAGGAGUCGACGAGGAAGGACGAAGACGCGACUGAGGUUAAAGUUGAGAAUGGUGUCCAUGUCGGUCCCAGCAGCUCGGCAGCAGAAUCUCAAACUCCCACAGAAGAGGACGGCCAAGUCAGCGGCAAGAGAAAGAGUGACACUGAAGUGGGAAACGCCAAGAAGAAGCCAAAAUCGGUGAAGUCUAAGAAAUCGGAUGCAGAGGAAGACGGCAUCAGUAGAAAUAAACCCUUCACUCGCUCCAAAAGGAGGUCCUCUAGUGACAUCACUGUAGACAGCAGCCAGAACAAAGAGGGGAAGGCAGAAGAUGAAGGGAUGAAGACACCGAGUAAGGAGGAGGAGGAAGGCGGGAGUGACGCUGAGGGGAAAGCACCUAAAGAGGCAGAUGGGAAGAAGAAGAAGAAGGCCAAGCUGAGCUGGCUGAGGCCUUCUGGGAAACAACCGAGUAUCUUCUCCAAGUUCCGCAGCGUGGGGAAGAUCAGCUGCACGACCGUGAAGAACCAAAUCAAAUCAGAGAACGAGAACGGGAACGGGCUGACGGACGACCACAGUCACAAUGAGAAGACCGGCGAGCAGAAAUCACCGCAAAGCGCGGCUGAAGAGACGGCAGUGAAACCUCAAGACGGCCUGGAUCUGAUGGAGCGCUUGUUCCAGGGCCAACUGGUUCUGAGGACUCGCUGUCUGGAGUGUGAGAGCUUCACAGAGAGGAGGGAGGACUUCCAGGACAUCAGCGUCCCAGUGCUCGAUGACCAACCCAGCAGCCCGGACGACCUCUCCGAGGUUUCUCCUGAUCCUAAACCAGAGCUGAAGACUCUGACGUGGGCCAUCGGGCAGUUUGCUUCAGUGGAGCGGAUCGUUGGGGAGGACAAAUACUUCUGUGAGACCUGUCAUCAUUACACUGAGGCUGAGAGGAGUCUGCUGUUUGACAAAACUCCUGAAGUCAUCACCAUCCACCUGAAGCGCUUCUCUGCCAACGGCUUGGAGUUGGACCCGUAUGCAGGUCUGUCUAAAGUGAACACUCCCUUGCAGACGCCUUUGACCUUGUCCCUGGAGGAGUGGUGCACCCGGCGCUCGUCUGCAACGGCUCAGCGCUAUCAGCUGUUUGCGGUGGUCAUGCACAGCGGCAUCACUAUCAGCAGCGGCCACUACACCGCCUACGUCCGCGUGUCCGAUCUGAAAGAUGCGAAGCUCUGGCUGCAGGACAGAAAAGAAACGGAGGAGGAGGAGGAGGAGGAGGAGAGUAAAGAGGGGACGCGGGUGAAAGAGGAAGUGUUGGACUAUGAUGACGGAGAGGUGUCGUUCAGCCUUCCCGCAAGGAGAGCUGCGAGUUUGGCCAGCAACAAACCGGGAGGCAAGAAGCUGUCGGAGGGUGGGGUCGGACUCCUGGGGGGCCAGAGGAGUUUGUCCAGUUACGACCUCGGCAACAGCAGCAAACACACGGAGAAAGCAGCCAGCAGCGGAGCCUCAGAGGGAUCCAAACGGAGGAAAACCAUCAACAGUCAGGGCCUUAAAAAGGAGCCUGGAGUCGGAGAGGAGGCCUCCGUGAGCUCCUGCGGCGGAGUGGAGGCCACAGAGCAGCAGGCCUUGAACAACCUCCUCCAAUACGAGGGCAAGUGGCUGCUGUUCGAUGACUCUGAGGUGCGUUUGUUUGAGGAGGAGGAUUUCCUGCGAGCAUGCUCUCCUGAGACCUGCUCGUCAUCGACACCGUACCUGCUGUUCUACAGAAGGAUGCCAGAACCGGGACUCUAACACGAACACAAGGACCGCCAGUCAGGCGUUCUGGCAGCUCAACACUCACACAGUUGUAUUUUGUAAUACUACCAACUGUGCCAAAAACACACUGGCUGCCUGAACUGAAGAUACUUUUCAGCCCACAAAGCCACUGAAACAGUCUGGUCUCACUGCGGGGCCGAAGCUGUUUAGACCCACUCAUGAACUUGUAUGCCGGGACAGACAAAUGGGGAUUUGUCUGUGUGCCAGGGAUGAUUUGAGCCGCCUUUUUAUUUUUUUGGAUGUGAUUCUCGCCUCUGUAAACUGAGCACAGUUAAUGAGUACAGGCCUCUUUUUGCUGUGUGUACUAUUAUUUCUUGGACACUGGCUUUGAUAUGUUUUCUGUUUUUUUUUUUUUUACAAAUUGGAAAAGCACUUUUGAACUAAAAAUUUAAAGAAGUGAAAAUGCAAAAUGUAAAAAUCUUUUCUAGCUGAUUUACUUUUAUAUAAUCCAUUCAUUUGCAUUUACAGGAGAAGAUGUUGGUGCUGAGUAUAUUUUAAAUAGAUUACUCCACAAAAAAAAGCCAAAUAAAACACAAAAGGUCCUUUCAAGUAAUGCAGAAUACGCUUCAUGAGGUUAGAGAGAAUACGCUGAAGUUUUAUUUCUGCUAUAUUUUCUUUGGCUUCACUUCUAAAGUUUUGCACUAAUUCCUCGUCCUCAAGUUUUUACAUUCAAAAUUUUUUUAAAUAUAAAUUUGAAGCCUGAAUAUGCUGAUAGAAAAACCUACAGUGUUGGAUUGACUUAUAUUUUUGCAUAAAACACACUAAACUGUCCAUCCUCCAGUGUAUAUACCAAGCUUGGCUCUGUUUAUGCAGGCUGCUGACUUUCUCACUCACAAGCUUCAAGGUGCCAAUUCAAAGUGAAGAUGUGUGAAACUUAAACCCUUAAUAUAUUUAUAAAUCUUCAGUAAAGGUUCUAAGAUGUUUAUCGAGGUUAUAAACUGCCUCUUCAGCUUCCAUAUCUAAUUCAGUCUGGAGCUAAUCAUUUGCAUAUUUAUGCAAAUCUGGAUUUGUUAUUUACAGGCUUAGUUUCUUACUUGAACAUGUUCCAUACUUCUGAGUCUGUCCCUGUGGAUACUCAAAUAAUGACUCCUAUUGAUCGAGCAUUGCAUUUGUUUUGUGCGUUUAGCGUAUUUUUGUUGUAAUUAAUAACGUAACGUAGCUUUUCAGGUUUAAAAAUGUGGUCAUAAGGAAUUACAGGUAUCUAGUUGCAAAUAUUCAGUAAAGAUGACAUUAUUCAUCUCAGGUUCAGCAGAGUUUAUAAAUCCAAUCAUGGUUUCAGGGAUUAAAUCGGAUAUUUAGCUGUAGCUUCAUGAGCAAUAACCAUUAUUGGCCAUAUUCAGUCAUAAGUACCUGGGAAAGGUUUCCAAAGCAAGUUUUGGAAUUUAAUGUAAUGUGACAACAGUCCCAGUUAGUGUUGUCUCCUUUAAACUGUACCUCAUUCCAGCUGUGAUUACAUUAAUGUUGGCAGGUUCUUACUAUAAGCAAUAAAGUUUUUACCUUCA